CCGGCUCCACGCGCAGCCUCGGUUACUGUCUCUGGAAGUAUUUUUGAUUUGCUCCGUAAUUGACCCAGAUAAAGCGCUCAGUGCCGGGGAUCCUCCGACCCCGAGGCGCUGUCAGCCGCAGAGGAGGGAUUUCACCCUCACUAAUAGCCUUUUACUGAACGCGUCCAAUUUACCGGUGCGAUCGUCCAAAACCGGGACGUUCUCGGCUUGGUACCUCUCUGCCAGGACUUAAUCUCUCUAAGACAUGGUGCAACAGGGAGAUCGUGAGGAAACAGCUUCGGUAUUUUUUGCCUGAGACACACACACACACACACACAUACACGCGCGCGCGCGCACGCACACCCAUAUGAGCUUGGGAUUUCCCUGGAUUUUACGCAAAUUAAAAAAAGAAGAUGCCUGAUCAAAUGGCAGAGAGUCACACACCGACUCCAUCGCGAGGAUCUUCGUUUUUUAUCGAGAACUUGCUUGGCGCAGAUCGCAGCGAACCUCCUGCAUGUCCUGUCAAACCCAUCCGAGAUGGCCAGGGACCCAGAGAGCCGAUACACACAACACUGUGCCAGCAUGGAGUGUGUCAUGAAGAGUCCAACACACACUCCAAGAUGGAAAUGUGUGGAAAAGAGUCACCCUCGCCCUGGUACCGCAGGGCUCUAGAGAGAUCUGAUAGUCUGAAAGAGGAAACCCGCAGUUCAUAUGAGCAGAUUGACUCUGUGUGCAGUGACAGGGACUCCCCGGUCGGGUGUGAAAGUCCAGGCAGAGACCGCGCGCGCAACGCGGCUGAGAGAAGCAUGGCGGAUGAACGCGACGACGCGCGGCGGCUCUCGGAUGAGCGCUCGCAUCCUGACACCACUUCCGGCUCAGUGAGGAAGAAGAAAACCCGGACUGUGUUCAGCAGAAGCCAGGUGUUCCAGCUGGAGUCCACAUUCGACGUGAAGCGGUACCUGAGCAGCUCGGAGCGCGCAGGCCUCGCCGCGUCCCUGCACCUCACCGAGACGCAGGUGAAGAUCUGGUUUCAGAACCGGCGCAAUAAGUGGAAGAGACAGCUGGCUGCCGAACUGGAGGCUACCAACGUUUCACACUCAUCUCAGCGCAUCGUGCGCGUCCCCAUACUGUACCAUGAGAGCGCCACGCUGCAGGGUCUCAGUGUGCCCCAAGUGUCGCCUCCUAUCGUGGGCUUUACGAGCUCACUGAGCUACCCUCUCGCCAAUUUCACCCACUCCAUGAGCCUCCUGAGGUCACAGCUAACAGGACUUGUCUAACUUGUCUAACACAGACUGAAUUAUGGACAAUCAUACAGCAUCGGGUUUAUCUUCUUACUGAAGUGCAAUAACACACACGGCCACAGAAACCUACAACUAUCCAAAGAUCUCACAUAUUUUCAUAUAAUCACAUAUGAUUAAACAGCUAAUCCCCCAGCCUAAUUAUUAAUUAAUACCUAGUGUUGAAUUGUCUCUUAGAAUUAUACAAGUCCAUCUGGCCAAAUAAACACACUCUUCAGAUGUCCCUCUGGGGAAGCAUUAAAAGUUCUGUGCAGAACCUACAACAGUGUUUCCUUUUUGGAAGAAUUAAUUGUUCAAUGAGCUUUUUUUUUUUUUUCUAAGAGUGCACAAUUUAUUAAACAAUGGGAAUUUUACUGUGUAUAUAACAGAAAUAUUUUAUUUUCAAUGUUAUUUCUAAUGUUUAAAAUUAAAAUAGUCUAUGCAUGGGGAUUCAGGCCCUCCUAUUGGCCUAUAUGUAUUUAUUUGAGACUUGCUUUGUAAAAAAAAAAUAUUUUUUAUUCAGAUAUUUCUGUUUUUGUCACUUUUUUCCACACAGUGCAUUUAACUUGGUAAUAAAUUCGU